AUGAGUAUUUCAAAUUGGAUCACCACUGCGUAUUUAAUUACAUCAACAUCUUUUCAACCUCUUUAUGGGUCAUUUUCUGAUGCACUUGGUCGAAGAAACUGCCUUUUCUUUGCUAAUGGGGCUUUUACCAUUGGAUGUCUAGCCUGUGGUUUCUCGAAAAACAUCUACAUGCUUAGUUUUAUGAGAGCAUUGACAGGCAUAGGAGGUGGUGGCUUGAUCACACUUUCUACAAUCGUAAAUUCAGACGUUAUUCCAAGUUCGAAAAGAGGAAUUUUUCAAGCGUUUCAGAAUUUACUUUUGGGAUUUGGUGCCAUAUGUGGAGCGUCUUUCGGUGGCACAAUAGCGUCGAGCAUUGGUUGGAGGUGGUGUUUUCUCAUCCAAGUACCCAUAUCUGUGAUUAGUUCCAUAUUAAUGAAUUAUUAUGUACCUAAUCAGAAAGAAUAUAAUCGUCAAAAUUCUAGCAUAUUCCAAAAUCCCGGAAAAAUACUCAGGGACAUAGAUGUUAUGGGCUCAAUUCUUAUUAUAACUGGUCUCACACUACAGCUUCUUUACCUGAGCCUGGGGUGUUCUACUUCUAAAUUAUCAUGGACCAGCCCUUCUGUGCUACUGCUAUUAGUUGGGAGUGUAAUAAUCCUCUUACUGUUCAUAUUGCACGAAAGGAAAACAAGUGCUAGAGCGAUUAUUCCUAUGGAGCUGGUCAAUUCCUCCUACAGUGUCGUUGUACUUUCGAUAAGUAUACUUGUUGGUUUUGCCAGCUACGCGUAUCUUUUUACUUUACCAUUAUUCUUUCAGAUUGUACUUGGAGAUUCCACUGCAAAAGCAGGAUUACGUCUUACGAUUCCUUCCCUAUUUACUCCGGUAGGCAGUCUCAUAACAGGAUUUUCCAUGAGCAAGUACAACUGUCUAAGAUUAUUACUCUACAUUGGUAUUUCUUUGAUGUUUUUGGGUAACUUUUUAUUCCUGUUUAUUGAAAAAACUUCUCCGAACUGGUUGAUUGGUCUAUUUUUGAUACCUGCAAAUCUAGGACAAGGUAUCACUUUUCCUACGACCUUGUUUACUUUCAUAUUUAUGUUCUCUAAGAGUGACCAAGCUACUGCGACAUCAACUUUAUAUUUAUUCCGUAGUAUUGGAUCUGUAUGGGGUGUUGCAAUUUCAGCUGGCGUCAUUCAAUUAUCUUUCGCAGGUUUAUUGCGUAGUAAUUUGAAAGGUCUACUGGAUGAAAACAAGAUAAAGAAACUUAUUGUUCAGCUUAGUGCAAACUCCUCAUAUAUUGGAUCUUUACAUGGCGAAGUUAAAAACACAGUCAUAAAGAGUUUUGAUGAGGCAACAAAGAGGGCUCAUCUAAUGUCUACAUUACUCUCUUCAUUGGCCCUGAUACUCUGCAUCCUUAAAGACAAUCUGGCGAAACCUAAAACAAGAAGAUAA